GGGGCCCAACGAGCGGGAACGUGGGGACCGAGCUGCGGACGCAGAAGGGCGAGUAGACACCGCAACCCAGGAGGGUUGCAGACGCCUGAGGAACAGGGAAACGUCGGGGCCUGACCCUCGGGGGCACCCAGGCCCCGGCCCAGCGCACGUCGCCGCCGUUGGAGGCGCGUCCAGGGGGCGGAGCCUCCCGUCGAGGCCCGCCCAAAAGGCGGCUCCGCUCCGGCCCCGCCCCCAGGCGAGCACCGCCCGCCGGCUCCUCCCUCGGUUCGAGUCGCCGUCUCUGUGCAAUCCGCCCCGCCGAGUUCUAGAUUUCGCCGCGCAGCUGCUUCAGCACCAAAAAGGAGACUAGCUACCCAGCCCAGUCCAGUCCAGUCAUGCAGGUGCAGGAUGAUGGAGGCAACCUCAUCCCCUUUGCCAAGUGUUCCAGUGUGGUCAGCCGAUCUCCACCCCCAAGGCUGCCUUCCCAGAGCCUCAGACCCAUGCCCCAGCAUUAUGGAGAUGUCUUCUGGAAGAACCUUAGUCAAAGGCCCAGCCCCACUUGGCUGGAGGAGCAGCACAUUCCACCCAUGCUGAGAGCCACUGGUUGCUCCCAGCCUGGUCCGUAUCCUCCUGAGCAGCUCCCACCCCCUGAAAUGCUUUGGAGAAGAAAGAAGAGGAGGCCAUGUUUGGAAGGAAUGCAGCAGCAGGGGCUUGGGGGAGUCCCCGCCCGGGUGAGGGCUGUCACUUACCACCUGGAGGACCUAAGAAGGCGUCAGAGCAUCAUCAACAAACUGAAGAAGGCCCAGUGGGGCAGCUCUGGAGCUGCAUCUGAGCCAGUGGUGCUUGGCGAAGAGGGCUGUGGAUUCCCCAGCACCAAUGAAUACCCUGAUCUGGAAGAGGAGAGGGCAACCUAUCCACAGGAAGAGAACCGUUUUCUCACUCCUGGCAGGGCCCAGCUGCUUUGGUCUCCCUGGAGUCCCCUGGGUCAGGAGGAGGCUUGUGCCUCCAGGCAGCUGCACUCUCUGCCCUCCUUCAGCACUGUCACAGCCAGAAGGAACCCCCUUCACAAUCCCUGGGGGAUGGAGUUGGCAGCAUCUGAAGAGUAAGGAGAAACCACCGAUGCCGAGAUGCUAGUGGUGCCCCAGGGACCCAAGACUAGUUCCGUCACUAGAGUCACCCCCAUUGCUGACAUGAAGGCGUUUCCCCUUCCUUAGUCUCUCUAACUGCCUUUCCCAUCCUCUGAACUAGGCAUUAACAGCCCUCCUGGGCUCCCAUCUCAACCCAGCGCUCUCCCAGGAGCACCCCAAGUCCUGUUUUCCUCCAGGCCCCGCUCCUGGCCUUGUGUUCUCUCUGCCCUGUUAUUAAAAAGCAAGCAAGUAGA